GGGUGAAGGAAACGAAAAGCACUUCAAAUUUCAGCCCCAUAUCAUUACGCUACACUCUGGACUACACUCUACACACACAUACCAAAGCAUGGCAAGAAUGGUGGCACUCCAACAGAACCAACUAUCUUUCUCUCCCUUGGCCUCCUCUCUUUCUGACUUCAGUGGAACCAGACUUCAUACUCAACUUCAGUUGAAGAGAAAAUUAUGGCAGCCAAAAGGGUCUUUCUCUGUCUCUGCAUCAAGCACCAAGAAAAUUCUCAUCAUGGGAGGCACAAGAUUUAUUGGAGUAUUUUUGUCUAGGCUCCUUGUCAAAGAGGGACACCAGGUGACUUUAUUUACGAGAGGUAAAGCGCCUGUGACUCAACAAUUGCCAGGUGAAUCAGACGGUGAUUAUGCUGAUUUUUCUUCCAAGAUCUUGCAUUUGAAAGGAGACAGGAAGGACUUUGAAUUUGUAAAAUCCAGUCUGUCAGCGGAGGGGUAUGAUGUUGUUUAUGACAUAAAUGGACGAGAGGCAGAUGAAGUUGAGCCCAUACUGGAUGCUCUGCCUAAUCUGGAACAGUUUAUUUACUGUUCUUCUGCUGGUGUCUAUCUCAAAUCUGACCUAUUACCUCAUGCAGAGACUGAUGCAGUUGAUCCUAAGAGUAGGCACAAGGGAAAGCUUGAGACAGAAAGUUUGCUACAAUCAAAGGGUGUUAAUUGGACUUCAAUAAGGCCAGUUUACAUCUAUGGACCCUUGAACUACAACCCUGUUGAAGAGUGGUUCUUCCAUAGAUUGAAAGCUGGUCGCCCAAUUCCUAUCCCUAGCUCAGGAAUACAAAUAACACAACUUGGUCAUGUUAAGGAUUUGGCAACAGCUUUUGUUCAGGUUCUUGGUAAUGACAAGGCCAGCAAGGAAGUAUUCAACAUCUCGGGAGAGAAAUAUGUCACAUUUGAUGGAUUAGCAAGAGCGUGUGCUAAGGCUGGUGGAUUCCCAGAGCCAGAGCUCGUUCACUACAACCCUAAAGAUUUUGAUUUUGGGAAAAAGAAGUCAUUUCCAUUCCGUGACCAGCAUUUCUUUGCAUCGAUCGAGAAAGCAAAGAGAGUACUUGGGUGGGAACCUGAAUUUGACCUUGUAGAAGGUCUUGCAGACUCAUAUAACCUGGACUUUGGUAGAGGAACAUUCCGGAAAGAGGCUGAUUUCUCAACAGAUGACAUUAUUCUUGGCAAGAGUCUUGUUAGUGUAUAAACUUUUCUAUCGAUUUUCGGUAUUUCAUGUAUAUUUAGAAAAUCUGUUCCGAUUUGCUACAAUAUGAAGUUCUGAAAUAUUCACGAGCCUUUCAAUGUUAA